AUGAUUCAAGAAGAAAAUAUUGAAAUAUCAAUAAGCAGUAUUGAAAAAGAACAGCAAAUACAAUUACAACAUCAACCUAUUUCGCCAAGAACAAUAUCAAUAUCAACAUCAUCAACUACAUCUUCUCCAAUUUUAUCAAAUGGUAACGCUGGUGUAGCAAAAAGUAAUAUUGAAAACCUAGACCUCAGUAAUAGAAAAAUUUCAGACCUUGGUUUUAUAUUGUCAAGUUAUACAUUAAAGUUUUUAACAAGAUUGGUAUUAAAGAAUAAUCUUCUCACCUCGAUUUCAAAUGAGUUUAUUAUCUCUACCUCCCAAUUGCUAUAUUUAGAUAUCUCAGAGAACAGAUUGUUAACAUUACCCGAAACAGUUUCAAAAUGGAGUAAAUUACAGACAUUAAAUUUAUAUAAGAAUAAUUUAUCAAGUAUUCCACCAACUAUUGCAGAUAUUCAAACUUUGGAGGUACUAAAUUUAUCAAAUAAUCUUUUAAAAGAAAUCCCAAAUCUUUCACCAAUAUCCAGUUUAAGAAGAAUCGUAUUGGAUGGUAACUGCUUUUCUGAGGCUGUAUCAAAGGUUUAUGCAUUUCUUUAUUGCCAUAGUAUUGGGGAGAUGGAUUUCCCACCACCACCGUUAUUUAGUUUAUCAAAUACUUCUUCCUCGUCCUCAUUGUCAACUACUACUACAACUAUAUCAUCAUCAUCACUAUCACCAUCAUCAUUUUCUAAUCAUGACCCAAGACCAUCAUCAAAAUUACCACAACAACUCAUUACAAUGGGUAUAGGCUCGCCUUGCAGCUCUCCUCUUUUAGAAAAUAAAAAGCGUACACCAACUGGCAAUUCUUUGGAUUUGGUUAAAAGUAAUUUUAUAGAAUUUCCUGAUCAAGUUAGAGAUAGCCAAAAGUUUAGAUCUAUUGAACGUCUUUAUUUAUCAUUUAAUAUUCAUAUUAAUUUUGAUAAAUUGACACCCUAUUUUAGAUGUCUUAUCAAUUUAAAAUCUUUAUCUAUGGAAAAUUGUCAAUUAACAUCAAUUCCAAAUUGUAUUUUUGAUUUAAUUUUUUUAACAAGGUUAGAGCUAAAAAAAAAUUCAAUUACACAAAUCCCAGGAAAAAUAAAAUUAUUAACAAAUUUAAAAAGAUUAGAUGUAUCAUAUAAUCAACUUUCACAUAUCGAUGAAGAUAUUAUAAAUUUAAUGAAUUUGAAAUCGAUUAAUUUUAGAUCAAAUAAACUCAACAAUGAUAGCGGUGUAGCUUGUUUAGGUUCAAUGGAUACGUUAAAGAAAUUAAAUUUAAAAGAAAAUCAUUUAACUGAAUUACCAAGUUCAUUUUAUCUUUUAAAAAUUAAAACAUUAAAAUUGGAUAACAUUCAACCCAAAGCAUAUUCUCCAGUAAAGUUUUCAAUUGAUGGUGCAAAUGAUGAUUCAUCGAUAGAGUCAUCACCAAUUUCACCAAGAAGCAGAUUAUUUGGCUCAAAAAAAACACCACCAAAACCACUACCAAAAACCAAUAAGUUAUUAAAUCAAUCAAUUAAUAAUUCUGUAAAUAAUAGUAAUGUAAAUAUUCCUGUAAAUAAUAAUAUAAAUCAACAACAAAAUCAAACCCCAACACCACUUAGUCCAACAAUGAAUACCCAGCAAUUAAAUAAAAAAACAAAUGGUUUGGUUAUUCCACCACUAUCACUAAAAAAUACAGCAGGCGAUGUUCAAAAUUCGAGAAACAGAUCCUAUACUUUAGAUAUUGAACAUAUUAGCCCAGGAAGGGGAUCAGUUGAUACUUUAUCAAAUUGUUCAUCAGAGGAGAAUAUCUAUGAAGCCUCUUGUGAUAACCCAUUCGCACAGCAAGAAGGGGAAGGUGAUUUCCAUUAUCUUGGUAGAGGUAGAUCCCAAACUGUAGCCAACAAAGGAGAGUCCAAAACAUUUAUUCAGACAAUAUUUAAACAAUUUAGCGGUAGUACUGCAACUAAAAAGAAUAAAGGUUCUUCAAAUAAUUUGUCACAAUCUACUCAAAAUAUACCACAGCAACCCCAAUUAAACAAAAUACCAAGUAGCAAUUCAGAUACAAAUAUUUCAGACUCACUAAAUACAAGUAGUAGUAGUAUUAAUGGAAGUUCUAGUAGUAUUACUCAGAGCGGAAAAUCCCAAUAUAGAGAUGAUAAUUUACUUUCAAAUAGUUUUGAUUCACCAAGAACAUUGGAACGUAGAACUAGUUCAAAAGAUGAAAUUGCUAUGUCUAUAAGAAGAGGUCACUCUCAAAAUGAUGAUUUAUACAGAGAAAAAACAUUCACAGAAGUUAACUCAGAUUGUAUCAGUCCAUCAUCAUCCGUUCAAACACCAAUUUUAGAAUGCAUUGAAAGUCCAAGAGGUCAACAAUUUACAUCACCAUCACCAACAUCACAACCACCAUCCCAUCCCCCACCACCUCCACCAUUACCAGCUUCACCAUUACAUAAUAAGGGAACUCCAGAUUCACCAGUUGUAGCAUCAUUAAACGCAUCAUCAAAUACCUCAACAAAAGAACCUCAACAAACACAACAACAGCAAAAAGUUUUAAUUAAUUUCGAAAAAAUAAAGGUUGAAUUUAUUGAGGAUAUUUAUGACGAUAAAGGAAAUCAUCCAAUUUACUCUAAAAGAAAACUAUUAGGUUUAUUAACUAAUCAAAAGUUUCAAACUACAUCAGCAUUGCAAGCUGCAAAGAAAAAGUUUAAAAGCUCAAAAAAAUUAAACAGUCCUGCUCAAAUAUCAUCGACCAAUUUAUUAUCACAAUCCCAAGGUAACCCAUCACUGUUACCAACCGGUGCAUCAACAUUCGAUUUAUUUUCUAAUAGUCCAGCUACCAGUAGUUUUACUGGUCCUUCAUCACUUUCCCAAUCUGGAUCAUUUUUAGCCAGUGGUUCAGCAUCACCUUUAAGUGUAAGUGGUAAUGGUAAUAGUGGUAACUUUAGUACAUACCACGAGGGUGAUGACUUUAUAAGAGAGCUAAUGUCAAGUCCAGUAAUAAACCAAGAAAUUGAAUUUACAUCAGAAGACGGUAUUCCAAAAGUUAAAAAUGUUACUCUUAAAAUGCUUAUACAAUUAUUAACCCACGAAAGAGGUCAUAGUAAUGAACUAUUUAGUUUAUUCUUUGAUACUUAUUUAUUAUUUACCAAAAUUCCUCUAGUUAUAGAACAUUUAGAACAAAGAUUUUUAAAUGCAAAAACUCAUGUAAUUAAACAAAAGGUAUUAUCAUUUUCACAAAGAUGGAUUGAAAAUUGUUGGAAUGAUUUUAAGAGUGAUGACAUGAUAUCAUUUAAUAAAUAUUUACAAAGUUGUUCGGAUUCGAUUGAAUUAAUAACCAAUUAUACAUUAAAAUCAGCACUAAAACAAGUUUACUCGUCAAUGAAGUUAAAAGAAGAAGGAAAUAGUAAUGAGGAAGAGGAGAUAUUUGAUGCCCCGGCACCAAUCCCAGAUUUCCAACUAUCACAAAAUGCAAACCAAAAUGAUAUUUGUUUACUUGAUUCAAGCCUUAGACCUCACGAAGUUGCAAGACAAUUGACAAUUAUUGAUCAAGAUCUUUUAUCUCAACUAACCAAACAACAAAUUCUAGACUAUGCCGUUCAUCAAACAAAUUCUCCACCAAUUCAAAAGAUCACUGAUAGAUUUAAUUAUCUUGUACUAUGGGUUUGCAGUGAAAUUGUAUUAUCUCAAAGCUUUGAAAAAAGAGUUGAAACUAUUUUUAAAUUUUUAAAUAUUGCAUUGAAUUGUUGGUAUUUAAAAAAUUUUAAUAGCUCGAUUGCAAUUAUUGCAGCAAUGAGCAAACCAUCCAUUGAAAAACUUAAAACAACAUGGGCAUUUAUAAAGACAACCAAAGCCAAUACACCAAUUACAGAGUUUAAAGAAAUGAUUUUACCACAAAAUAUUUCAAGAUUAAGAAAGGUCAUGGAUUCAGUUGAUAGCAGCUGUCCAGUUAUUCCAUAUUUGGGUGCAUAUUUCAGCCAUUCCAUCGCUAUACAAAAUGGUAAUAAAUCAAUUGUAAAUGAACAAUUUAUUAAUAUGCAAAAAUAUGAUAUGAUGGGCAAGAUUAUUAGAUCAAUUACCAAUGCACAAGUAAAGAAAUAUAACUUCACUCAAGUUGGUGUUUUACAGAAAUAUCUUACUGAUUCCCCUGUUUUUAAUGAAAAAGAUCUCCACAAAGAAUGCUGUAAAAUUGAAGAAAAAGGUGGUGAGGCAAUAAAUGAAUCAAAUAAAUUCGGUUCAAUCUUUAAAAAAAAAUAA